UGAGAGGUGGGCAGCUACAAAUGGAUGACAUAACAAAUUUCCAGGAAAUUGGAUAAUAAGAGAGACGACGCCACUUUCUCUUUCUCGAGAAAAUUCAAAGUUUUCUCAUUUCUGGGUUUUCGCCAAAGGAGCAUCCUUUAAUGUUCUUUUGAAGAAGGCUCACGAGGAUCUCUUCUCUCUCUGUUUUGUCUCCCCUGUUCCGGGGAGAUUUAAAUUUCUACUUUUUUUUUAAGGAUAAAGGAGAUUCUUUUAUCACGAUCUUGGCUUCCGGGUUUUCUGGUUUUAUUCUUAUCUUGUGGGAAGAAGAAGAAGAAGAUGAUGAUAAAGUUGUGGAUGGGGACUUCUCUUCAACUCGCUGAGCUCUUCGUGAGCUCUGUGGUGCAUUUGCUUUAUGGGUUUUAUAUAUUCAGCUCCGCCGUCGCCGGAGAUAUCUCUCAGACGUUGAGUGAUUACUUGUUCAAGCCCAAUGUCGAUAUCAACGACGUCGGAGAAACUGCUCAAAUUCAAAGCAAUGUUGAGGGUCUGCCUCCAAUUGUGUUGGUCCAUGGGAUCUUUGGAUUUGGCAAAGGGAGAUUAGGAGGCUUAUCAUACUUUGGUGGUGCUGAGAAGAAAGAUGAGAGGGUUCUUGUUCCUGAUUUGGGAUCCUUAACAAGCAUCUAUGAUAGGGCAAGGGAGUUAUUCUAUUACUUAAAAGGAGGAAGAGUUGAUUUCGGCGAAGAGCAUAGUGAGGCUUGUGGACAUUCUCGGUUUGGAAGAGAUUACGGAAAAGGGGAAUACCCUGAAUGGGAUGAGGAUCAUCCUAUUCAUUUUGUGGGCCAUUCAGCGGGUGCGCAAGUUGUGCGUGUGUUGCAGCAAAUGCUUGCAGAUAAGGCAUUUGAAGGGUAUGAAGAAACGAAUGAGAAUUGGGUUCUGAGUGUGACAUCGUUGUCCGGAGCAUUCAACGGUACUACCAGGACCUACUUAGAUGGCAUGCGGACAGACGAUGGAAUAAGCAUGAAACCGAUAUGUCUGCUGCAGCUAUGUCGUAUAGGUGUGAUAAUGUACGAUUGGUUGGACAUUUCAUGGCUAAAGACAUACUACAAUUUCGGGUUCGAUCACUUCAACAUAUCUUGGAAGAAAACCGGCGUGAGAGGUCUCCUUGAUUGCCUAAUGGGAAACACUGGUCCUUUUGCCACCGGCGAUUGGAUCUUACCGGAUCUCACGAUCCAAGGCUCAACAAGUUUAAACUCCAAUCUCCAGACAUUCCCAAGCACUUACUACUUCAGCUACGCGACUAAACGCACCCGCAGAAUCAUGGGCAUGACGAUUCCUUCGGGUGUUCUUGGAAUCCACCCGAUGCUCUUCCUCCGCGUCUUUCAGAUGAGCCAAUGGCGAUUCCCUCAAGAUGUUUCUCCUCCUUAUAAAGGCUACAGGGAUGAGGAAUGGCAAGAGAACGAUGGGGCAUUGAACACGAUAUCAAUGACACAUCCGAGGCUACCAGUGGAGCAUCCGAGCCGGUUCGUAAGGAGCGAUUCGGAGUGCCAAACUUUACAACCUGGGAUCUGGUAUUAUAAGAUAGUGGAAGCAGAUCACAUAACGUUCAUAGUGAACAGAGAGAGAGCUGGAGUUCAGUUCGAUCUUAUAUACGACAGUAUCUUCCAACGUUGCAGGAAACAUGUUUUCAGGAAGAUUCCUCAAACUCUCCCCAAUCAGUCUCCUCGCUCUCCUCGUUGACAAAACCCGGUUUAAAAAAAAAAUAGCUUUUGUACAUUUGAUCAUUUUUCUCUCCAAAUGUUAGAGUUGAGACGUAGGCAAUUUAUUAUUAUUGUUACAGAUACUCCAUUGUUCUUCUUAUUCUAUCUCGAUUUGUUGUACUAGUGUAAACAACUAUCUUUCCAUUAAAAAAUCUAUAUAAUAUUUGUU